AUGGAUGAGACCGCCCCAACAUCCUCCUCUAUACUUGAAGAUGGCGAUUAUCAUGAGGUCAAAGACCUCUCUGUCUCUGAAGUUGUGGAGAGAUGUGAAGCUCUCUUGAAAAAAUUAGAUGAUGAGAACUUCAGUUUGAUUUCACGAGACAAGUCUAACCAGACCUAUUGUGCUUGUAGUGAUGGCGUCAAACGUUAUGCGCUGAAGGAUAUAAAUAAAUGCUCAAAACCAAGUGCAAAGAAAAGAGAAGUCAUCCGUUAUAUAAUUAAUGUUGUUAUUGAGUCCUGCGAACAAGGAAAACGACCUAUGUUCGAACAACAAAAAAUAUCGAACUCAGCUCUUGAUGACAUUUGUUGCGCUAUAAACUGCAGCAGAUCCAACCUCAACAUAGAUGCUAGUGCAAGAGGCGUUGUUGGAGGUCUGCUUUCGAUCAAGAUUGGAAAGUACAAAACCUUGUGUACACGCAGGGAUGAUGGGGAACCCAUCCCGCCUUUUAUGCAUUCAGAUAUUAUUUUGAAGAAUCGUGGAGCCAAGUUCGUAUUGGUGGUGGAAAAGAAAUCCGCUUUUAAUACUCUCAUGCAAGACAAGUUUUACGUUGAUUAUCCAUGUAUAAUCAUCACCGGAAUGGGAAUGCCGGAGGUGGGGAGCAGAAGUUUUCUAAACGUAAUGUCGGAGAAGUUUAAGAUUCCAGUGUAUGGCCUUUUCGACUGUGAUCCAGCUGGCAUCGAAAUUUUUUCGGUUUAUGCUGCGGGGUCGUACAAUAAAUCGUACGAUAAUGUGAAUUUGACUUGCCCGUAUAUGAUGUGGUUGGGUGUUUGGCCGAGUGACCUACAUGCACUUAAAAUACCCUGCCAGGAUUUAACUCGAUACGAGAUUAAGAAAGUAGACCUUCUUUUGGAAAAAGAUUUUGUGAAAGAGUAUCCGACAUUGCUUGAGGAGCUGCAACUUAUGAAGAAGAAGAAGAAGAAGGCGAACCUUGAAGCUUUGGAGAAGUUUGGGCGCACUUGUUUGAGCGAGUACUAUUUGCCAUAUAAGUUGAAGUAUCUCUUAACCGACACCGACUAA